UUCUACGAGGGCGAGCUGGGGGCGGAGCGGUGCGUGCGCCGGGAGGUUGCCGGCAGGGUCUACUUCUACGAGGGCGAGAAGGGCGCGGAGGCGGUGGUGCGCGUGGCGACCACCGAGACGCGGCUCAAGGCCAUGCGCGUCACCGAGCUGAGGGAGGAGUGCGGCCGCCUCGGCUUGGUCACCACGGGCGUCAAGGCAGACCUGGUGGCGCGCCUCCGCGCGUACCGGUCGGCACCGAACGCCAUCGAGCUGUCCGCUCGGACCGCCACGCCGGCGCGCCCCAUAUAG